AUGGACGCACGUACAACGUGCGUCUCCACCCACCUGUUGCUCAGGAGCACCUCUCAGCUGUUGAGCUGCUCACUGUCUGCAGCGCUGCUAAAACCACCAGAGACACUGACAGAUGGCUGUCAGCAGCUUGGCAGCCCCACGUCCCCGACCUCCCUCCUUCCCAGCCGCAGCUUCCGAACCAGCACCAUUUCAAGGGCCAUUACCCCAGCAGCCACGCUCACUGGGCCUGGGGCUGCCACGGUAGGGGCAGCUGGCUCUGGGGCUGGAACUGGGAUUGUGUUUGGGAGCCUCAUCACUGGUUACGAUAGGAACCCUUUUCUGAAGCAAAAGCUGUUCUCCUACGCCAUUCUGGGCUGUGCGCUCUUGGAGGCCACGGGCUCUUUUGCCUGA